AUGGACGUCGACGUUGAUAAUGAAAGUGCAGUAAUACCACCGGCCGAUAUUGUCAAGUCCUUCUCAAGAUACCAAACAGAAGCGUUCAGAGACUUACUCUACGCUUCUGAAAAUUCUUUAAGAAUUGAUGCCUCUGAAAUAAGCUUCUUGCGAAGCGUCGACCGGUCAGCUGCUAAAAGCCUAGACGCAACCGGUGAUAAGAUCCUGUCACUUAUUAAUCGAUUAGUCGCGAACUCGGGCUUACUAUCAGCAACAACGACAAACCGAUCUGGUGAUCCGCUCCUUGGUAGUGCUGAGGACAUUGAAAAUAAAUUCAGCGACAUUGUUGAGGUUAUUGACUCUGCACUUGAAAAAGCCGACGUUUGUUUGGAUGAGUAUACUGGUCGCGCGAAACAAAUUGCUGUGCCGAUAACUGCGAGUACACCUAUCGUCGCCCAGUUGAGCACAAAUGCGGACACUCGCAUUUUGUAUGCGAAAAAUAUUUUGAGGCCGCAACUGAGGUUUCCUGAUACAAUUGACAAUUCACGCACACCUUUUGUGCCAAAAAUUAAAGAAAAACCUAAUGCUAUCGUGCCAUUACAGACUUUUGCUGAUGGAAAUAGGAUGGCAAUCGAAGAUGAUGAUGCGUCAGGAUUUCCACAUCCUUAUGAGUAUGAAAUCAAUAAUUUAGAAUAUCCGGAGCAUAUGUUCAAAGUUCCCAAUAAUGAUGACGGACAAUAUAUGCCUGGACCAAUGGAUACCGCUCAUAUCUUCAUUACCAAAGAAGAAGAGUUGACCGCUCUCUGUGAUAAACUGAACACUGUGCAAGAAAUCGCGAUUGAUCUUGAACAUCACGACUAUCGAUCCUUUCAAGGAUUCACUUGUUUAAUUCAGAUAAGCACUCGUGACCAAGACUAUAUACUCGAUGCUUUCACUCUUAGACACGCAAUGCAUGCUCUUAAUCAUCCUUUUACUAAUCCAAAUAUAGUAAAAGUAUUCCACGGUGCUAAUUCUGAUAUUCAAUGGCUACAAAAGGAUUUCGGGGUCUAUGUAGUCAAUCUCUUCGACACUUUUCAUGCUUCAAAUGUUUUGGCUCUUCCACAACACUCUUAUGCUUUCCUAGUGAAAAAUUAUUGCGGUAUAGAAAUCGACAAGCGAUUUCAAUUGGCAGAUUGGCGAAUGCGACCACUCCCAAUAGAAAUGCUCAAUUAUGCUCGCACCGAUACCCACUAUUUGCUUUACAUAUAUGAUCGCAUGAGGAAAGAACUAUUGCAAAAAUCUCCUAAUCUUUUACAAGUGACAUUGGAUCGUUCUCGCGAGGUGUCUUUGUUGAAAUAUGAAAAAGAUAGAUCCGAUCCAGAGACUGGGGAAGGUAAUGGCGGAUGGAAAAAUGAUCUCAGCAAAUGUAAUCGGCAUUUCAAUAAUCAACAAUUAGCUGUUUUUAAAGUCCUUCAUGCAUGGCGGGACACUAGAGCGCGCGAAGAGGACGAAAGUGUUCGUUAUGUGCUGCCAAAUAAUAUGCUGUUUGAGCUUGCACAGCGAAUGCCCAUUGAAACAUCUGGUGUAAUUAGUUGUUGCAAUCCUACUCCAACAUUGGUACGGAUGCACGCAAUUGAUCUAGCAUUGCUUAUUGAAAGAACUAAAAAAGAGGCCGAAAUUUCAUCAAACAAACCGAUGGAAACAACAAAGACAUUAUAUAACAACGCUUCUGAAAUUGUACCAGUUGAAAAAAGUUUAGGGGACAUUACAACACAAAUAGUCAAUGAAUUUGAGUUAUGUGAAAACGAUGCUGCUCGACUUCUAGCAAAAACAUCGAAAUUAUUUGGAAAAGAGCUUGAUGAAAUCACGGAAAUUGAUCCUAAAUCAUUUCAAAUUGUGAUGAGACUUUUAGAAAGUAUGGAAGUCUUCGCUUCAAUCCCGAAAAUUUUAAACAUAGAGCAAUAUCAGAUUCAACAGCAACCUCCUCAUUUGUUUGUUCCGGCAGAAUUACGUAAAACAAAAGGAAAAGAGCGUGAAGUAGUGGAUAAUUCGUCAAUAAACAAUAACGUCACCUUACAUGAUCAGGAAGAAGAUAUCGAUCAAAAUCCAAACCAACGUAAACCCAAAUUUUCCAAGGGAAAAGAGAGAGAAGUUAAUAUUUUCUCCUCGAGUAAUAACAUUCACUCUAAGGAGGUUAUAGAAAUCAUGGAUGACGACGAAGUUUCAAUACCCAUGGACUUGGAGAACAAUGAACAUAUUGCUGAAAUUAAAAAUGAAUCCGACUUGAGAAAACCUACCUUAAUGCAAAAAGGUGACAAUUACAUUUAUACCGGAGAAUCAAUUAGACAGAUGACCUCCAAAAAACGAGGUCGAGGUGGUAAAAAUAAGGGUAAGAAGAAAGAAUCGAAUGAAGGUCUUGCUGAAUCAUCUUCAAGAAAUUCGUUAUUUCAGGAAAUUCAUGUCCCUUCAAUAGUCGAAAGUGCGCAAGCUCAAAAAAUGGACAAAAAAUCAGAAAAGAACUCGCAAGAAAUACGCGAUGGCAAAGAUGAUGGCCAAUUAUUGGAGUCUGAUUCUCCAAAGAAAACAAGGGGAAUUUUACCUUCAUCAACUUCCGGUAAUUCGACACUUCCCUUGCAUUUAAACACAUCAAUGAGAGAUGUAGAUGAAUUGUUACAGAACACGAUCUUUGAAUUAAAUAAACAUGAAGAUGAUCUAAUAGCUGAUCCAUCAUACGAUCCAGCCUUAGAAAAUCCGUCAAAACAUCUAGUCAUAGAAGAUCCGGAUAAACUAAUGCAAGAAAUGCGAGAGGCAGGAGUUAGUAUUGGACCAAGUGGCAGCGCUCAAGUUAUGAAUAAUAACGUGAGGAAACAAAGAAAAGCUGCUCAAGUUGCUCGAAUGAAGAUAUAUCUGAGGUAUCAUAAGCCAGAUUCUUCACCUCCACUCCCAUCUACUUCCUCAAGAAAAAAGAAAAAACAUAAAUUAUUCGAUGUACCGUUUUCACAAAUGAAUCUCGAGAGUCAUGAGGAUUUGAAUAACAGUAGCACAAUUGUUCAUCAGGAUAAGAGUGAUUACAACGACGUCAACAAAAUUCUUCCUCCAAAGCCCAAAAAAGUAAAAAAGAAGAAAUCCAAAGGUGAAAAACCCAAGCUUGAAACUUCCAAAAAAGAGAAGAAACGUGUUGCUGAUGCUCGAUUUUGGGCUCAAUUUGAAGCAACAUUCAAUGGUCAAACAUCAUUACCAACUCAAAGUCAUACCGGGCAAUUACAUACAGCAAUCCCUAUUAGCAAUGAUAAUAACGCAUUUUCAUUAAAUUCCCGGAGUGCACCCGUUCUUAGCAGCACAUCAACCACCACAACAAAUAAUAUCACGAAUAUUCAAGCGCCAUUGCUUUAUUAUCCACCAAAUCUAAAUAUGAACCUCUCAAAUAGCAAUCAAUUUGGUUUUCCGAUCACAUCUUUUGGGACUAUUGAUCAUACUGCUCUUCCCUCCAAUAUUCCGACCAUGCAGAAUACUAAUUCGAUAAUGGUUGCCAGUUCAAGAAAUAAUUCAGAUAAACCCCGGCUAAGCUAUCCACCAAUGCCGGUACCAACAAGUCAAGCAAUUACUAAGACUGAGCAUCAAUCACAGUCUAAUAAUUUGUUCAACAAUCCGCCACACCAACCACAAUUACCGCCUCCUAGAACUUCUAUUGGACUUCCGUAUAAUUCUAAUAGCCUUGGUGGUAUACCUCAGUCAACAAGUCCGAAUAUUGGUCACUCUUCUUCAGCAGCCUAUCUAGGAAAUCGUAGUAUGACAUUUGGUUUUCCACCACCUUCAGCUUCAUUAAACACAAACAGCAACCACCACCACAACAAUAAUAUUGCAACUAGUAAUGAUAACAAUAAUAACAACUACACUAACACAAAUGGAGAACGAUGUAUAAUACAAUGA